AUGCAAGUGGCUUUAAAUGCGUUUCGGACAGCAUGCCAAGCAGUGAAUCCCUAUUUGGCUGUACAAAAGGCAAUAGAUGUCCAAUCGACUAACGUUUCUAUUGGAAAGUCGCUUUAUAACAGAUGCCAAAAUUUCAAGAUAGUGUUGAUCGGUUUCGGGAAAGCCGUUUUACCGAUGACAGCUGCCGCCGAAAAAUCCUUGGGCGAUCUGAUCAAAGCGGGAAUUGUUGUAGCCCCGAGAGGCUCUUUGAGAUCAAAUAAUUUCCAAUCAAAUGUCAUUUACGCAUAUGAGGCGGCAACGAACAAUUUACCCGAUGAAGAUUCAUUAAUUGCUACUGAAAAGAUUUUGCAGUAUCGAACUUACCAAAAAUUCACUAAAGCAGUUUUAGGUGGAGGAUCAGCGCUCUUUUCUUCUCCGAGAACUGAGAUUUCAUUGAGCCAAAAAUUAGAAACGAUUCGGUCUCUAACAAGUCGUGGAGCAACCAUUCAACAAUUGAAUAUUGUUCGUCAGCGACUUUCUCGUGUGAAAGGUGGAAAGAUCCUAAAACGCAUCACUAGCGGAAGAGUAUUUUCUUUAAUUGUUUCCGAUAUAAUCAACGAUCCAGUGGAACUAAUUGCUUCUGGACCGACAAUAUUUGCGGGAAAUGAAAAUAUUACCCCAAACGACGUGAUCCAAGCUCUGAAAGCCGAGAAAGAUCUUCCUCGAGAAGUUGUUUCAUUGUUACAGGCGGAAGAAACAGCUCCAAUCCCAAGCUGCAGUUGGAACUAUCAAAUUAUCUCAAGCAAUUCGGUUGCCUUAGCUGCGGUGGAGAACUUCUUCAGAGAGCAACAAUUUUCUCCUCUGAUUGUCUCCCGGAGUUUGUGUGGAAAUGCAACCGAUGUUGGCAAAAAGCUGGCUGAUUUAGCAUCGGUUGCUAGUAUGGAGAGUCUGAAAUUCAAGCUUUCCCAGACGUUUCCAAAGCUGGAAGUCAAAACAAAUUCGAGGCAUGUAGCGUUGAUUUUUGGCGGCGAAACGACCGUUCUUGUUCAAGGAAAUGGAAAGGGAGGCCGAAAUCAAGAAAUAUGUUUAUCGGCUUUGGUCGAAUGCAAAAAGAUGUUUCAUGGACAGCACUUCACCAAAUUUCUCAUCCUUAGUUGCGGAACUGAUGGCCAGGAUGGACCGACCGAUGCUGCUGGUGCUUAUUUCGCCUCAGAAGCCGUUGAUGUGGAUUCGGCCGAAACUUACCUAAAGAACUCGGACUCCUACUCAUUUUGGGAAAGAUUUGAAGAUGGCAUUUACCAUGUCAAAACUGGGCCGACUCAUACAAAUGUAAUGGACAUCCAAAUGGUUCUCAUUGACUUUGAAAACAAUUUAAACGAG